CUCAGACACACAGGAUCCAUAGCCAUUAGCCAAGCCAGAGCUCGAAGUGUAAGCAAGUCGAGAGCUCGAGGAGGCACAGCCAUGGCUAUCUCCUACCUUCUCCGUUCCUCCGUCCUCGCCGUCGCCGUGGUGCUCAUGAUCUUCUCCGUCGACGUGGCGAAGGCCGACAUUAGGGAGUACCAAUUCGACGUGCAAAUGACGAACGUGACACGGCUGUGCAGCAGCAAGAGCAUCGUGACGGUGAACGGGCAGUUCCCCGGGCCGACGGUGUUCGCGAGGGAAGGCGACCUCGUCGUCGUCCGGGUCAACAACCGCGCCACGUACAACAUGAGCAUCCACUGGCACGGGAUCCGGCAGCUGCGGAGCGGGUGGGCGGACGGGCCGGCGUACAUCACGCAGUGCCCGAUCCAGCCCGGCGGCAGCUACGUGUACAAGUUCACCGUCACCGGGCAGCGGGGCACGCUGUGGUGGCACGCCCACAUCUCCUGGCUCCGCGCCACCGUCUACGGCCCCAUCGUCAUCCUCCCCAAGCCCGGCGUCCCCUACCCCUUCCCGGCGCCGCACAAGGAGCUCCCCGUCGUCUUCGGGGAAUGGUGGAAGGCGGACACGGAGGCGGUGAUAAGCCAGGCGAUGCAGAGCGGCGGAGGGCCGAACGUCUCCGACGCGUUCACCAUCAAUGGCCUCCCGGGGCCGCUCUACAACUGCUCCGCCAAAGACACGUUCAAGCUGAAGGUGGAGCCCGGCAAGACGUACAUGCUGCGGCUCAUCAACGCUGCGCUCAAUGACGAGCUCUUCUUCUCCAUCGCCGGCCACACGCUCACCGUGGUCGACGUCGACGCGGUCUACGUCAAGCCGUUCACCGUGGACACCCUCCUCAUCACCCCGGGCCAGACCUCCAACGUGCUCCUCACCGCCAAGCCGUCGUACCCCGGAGCGACGUUCUACAUGCUGGCCGCGCCCUACUCCACGGCGAUGUCCGGGACGUUCGACAACACCACCGUCGCCGGCAUCCUCGAGUACGAGGACCCCAGCUCCCGCUCCACCGCGGCGUUCAACAAGAACCUCCCGGCGUUCAGGCCCACCCUGCCGCGGAUCAACGACACGAGCUUCGUCUCCAACUACACCGGCAAGCUCCGCAGCCUCGCCACGGCGGAGUACCCGGCGAACGUGCCGCAGCAGGUGGACAGGCGGUUCUUCUUCACGGUGGGGCUGGGCACGCACCCCUGCGCCGUCAACGGGACGUGCCAGGGGCCCAACGGGAGCCGGUUCGCGGCGUCCGUGAACAACGUCUCCUUCGUGCUCCCCACCACGGCGCUGCUGCAGUCGCACUUCGCCGGCAGGUCCGGCGGGGUGUACCUCUCCAACUUCCCGGCCAUGCCGGCGUCGCCGUUCAACUACACGGGGACGCCGCCGAACAACACCAACGUGUCCAACGGGACGAGGCUGGUCGUGCUGCCGUACGGCGCGUCGGUGGAGCUGGUGAUGCAGGGCACCAGCAUCCUCGGCGCCGAGAGCCACCCCUUCCACCUGCACGGCUUCAACUUCUUCGUGGUUGGCCAGGGGUUCGGCAACUUCGACCCGGUCAACGACCCGGCCAAGUACAACCUCGUCGACCCCGUCGAGCGCAACACCGUCGGCGUGCCGGCGGCCGGCUGGGUGGCCAUUCGCUUCCUCGCGGACAACCCAGGGGUAUGGUUCAUGCAUUGCCACCUGGAAGUGCACGUCAGCUGGGGCCUGAAAAUGGCAUGGGUGGUGCAGGACGGGAGCCUGCCCAACCAGAAGAUCCUCCCUCCGCCGUCCGAUCUCCCCAAAUGCUAGGGGACACUCGACCAAAUCGGCCGUUCAGACAAGAGAUUGCGUCUUGCUCAGUUUCCCUGUAGGAUACUCCUCUGCCUUUGCUAGCUUGCUUCUGUUGAUUGCUCGCGGUUGGUGCUAUGAAAUGCUUUUUUUUUCCCCUUGUAGUGGUGUGCCUUUUUCAAAGUUAAGUCGUCAUCUGGUUAGCUGAUGGACGAAUGAUCAUGGGCGAGUUUCUUGAUCAGACGCAAGGCAUUUGAUUUUGGGUUUCUUAAUUAAUUGUCAUCUUUUGAGGGAGCUGGAUCAUAAAUCCACGUUCAUCCCAAUAAUUUGUACCGGCAUUUGGUUUACGAGAAAGGAAUUUUUCUUGUACUGUUUCCCAUUAAUCAA